AUUCAACACCACCAGUUUUGAAUGAUUCCGCUCUCGAUAACAUAUAGUCAAAAUCAAAGCUUUGGGAAAUAAAAACGAAAGAAAAUGCUGUAUUGUUAAGCAAAAAUCAAAUAUCGUAUGAACCAGUCUCUCUAUCGUUGGUCCAGCUUAAUUAUAAGAAAAAUGGCUGAAGAAAUCAGUAAAUCCGAGCUUCGGUCAUCUCCGUCAAUUCUAGCGAAAUCCAGAUCGUUAUGGCCCUCCGUUCUCCGUUGGAUUCCCACUUCCGCCGAUCACAUCAUCGCCUCCGAGAAACGCCUUCUCUCUCUCGUCAAUACUCCAUACGUGCAAGAACAAGUGAAUAUAGGGUCAGGUCCGCCUGGCUCUACAGUUAGGUGGUUCCGUUCAUCGAGUAACGAGCCGAGGUUCAUAAACACAAUUACCUUUGAUAGCAAGGAGGGAUCCCCCACGCUUGUUAUGGUGCAUGGAUACGCUGCUUCCCAAGGUUUCUUCUUUAAGAAUUUUGAUUAUCUCGCCAAUCGUUUCAAGGUCAUUGCUAUUGAUCAGCUUGGUUGGGGUGGAUCAAGUAGGCCUGAUUUUACAUGCAAAAGCACUGAAGAAACUGAGGCAUGGUUUAUUGAUUCUUUUGAGGAAUGGCGUAAAGAAAAAAAUCUUAGUAACUUUAUAUUACUUGGGCAUUCUUUUGGAGGAUAUGUUGCAGCUAAAUAUGCUCUCAAGCAUCCUGAACAUGUUCAACACUUAAUUUUAGUGGGGGCUGCUGGAUUUUCAUCAGGAUCAGAAGAAAAAUAUGAGUUCAUAAACCGAUUCAGAGCAACAUGGAAGGGGGUAAUUUUGAGUCAUUUGUGGGAAUCUAAUUUUACUCCUCAGAAGAUUAUAAGAGGAUUAGGUCCUUGGGGUCCAGAUCUUGUACGCAAGUAUACAGCUGCUAGGUUUAGUCCCAGAUAUUCAGUAGGAGGUGUAUUUACAGAGGAGGAGUCUAGACUUCUAUCUGAUUAUGUGUACCAUAUCUCAGCUUCCAAAGCAAGUGGAGAGCUCUGCUUGAAAUAUAUAUUUGCAUUUGGAGCAUUUGCUCGUUCUCCCCUUUUAAAUAGUGCAUCUGAGUUGAAAGUGCCAACUACUUUUAUAUAUGGGACUGAAGAUUGGAUGGACUACCAAGGAGCCCAAGCAGCUUGCAAGCAAAUGAAGGUCCCAUGUGAAGUUAUCAGGGUUCCUAAGGCUGGCCAUUUUGUGUUCCUUGAAAAUAGAGAUGGAUUCCAUUCAGCUGUGUUAUAUGCCUGUAGGAGAUUUCUUUCACCUCACCCUGAUGAUGAACCCUUUCCUGAAGGUUUGAUAUCAGCAUAGGAGGAAAUUUGUUUCGAUUUCUUUACACAGAUGUAUAAACACAAUCACCGAGUUUCAUUGGUUCUUUGGGUCAAUAAAACAUUAUUUGCCUGUAACUUGUAUGAUAUGCAUUUAUAUAUACCUACGGUGUUUGGUUGCUGAUUGAGUUUGGUUACUGGUUAAGUGGAA